AUGAAGGUACAGAUAGAGCAUGUUUCACUUGGAUUUAUAAAGGAAAUAAAUAAUAAUGUUUGUUCGCUGGCAGUUCAAAAGAACAUUAUGUGUUUCACCCUAAGGAGUGGACAAAUGUUCUCUAUUAAUUUGGAAGACCCUUCAAAAGUUUUUAGAUUAGAUCUUCCAAUUCUAGUAGCUAAUCAGGAGAAGAUUUUAGAGAUAUGGAUGAAUGUGCAGGGCACCAGGGCGUUAAUUAAGACGAAUUUUGCAAAAUACUAUGCAUGCAACUUACAAAUAAUCAUGAAUGCUGAAAAUAAUAUUUCAAAGAAUGGAAAAGAUAACCAGUAUGUGUUAUUGAAGAAAUUUAAUAGAAAGGAGUAUGACGUUAUUAGUGUAGACUGGUCGUUCAGCGAGUAUGAACUAUUAUUAGGGACAAGACAAGGUAAGAUAUAUUACAUGGACCUUUCACAAGCAGACCCGACUGCAGUAAAGGUUUUCAACUGUGACUCACCAAUUGACGGCCUCAAAUGGUACAGCGACGGAGAAGCAGUUAUUGUUGCUGGCAAUAGUUAUAGGUACUGGGAGCCUACCGAAAACAGCACCCCCCUAACGUUCUGCAAACACCAUCCCAAUAAGGUGGAUGAAUUUGGAGCUACGAAAAAGGAUCAAGUUUGCAAAUUUGCAGUUUAUAACCAAGAUUUUGCUUGGAUUACGCAGGCUGGGAUUUUGUUGGGUAAUAUCGGUGAUGGGUACGCUGCUUCGUUAUCUAAAUCUUUACUGCUAUUGAAUGAACUGCCUCCGUCAAAAAACAAAAUACGUGAUCUAUUACUGACUGAAUACCAUCUUAUUUUGCUCAGAGGCUCUGAGAUAUUGAUUAUUAAUAAAAUAAACAAUAAAGUUGUAUUCCAGGAUAUAAUCUUUAGUAAAGAAGACGAAAGAAUGCUAUCUUUGUGCGCUGACUAUUCGCAAACACCCCCAACCUUCUGGUGUCACUCAACAGAGAACAUAUAUGAGAUAGUGAUAGAGAACGAACUUGACGGAAUAUGGCAAUUACUGUGUGCAAAUGGAAAGUUUGAUGCAGCACUGAAUCUAGCAGGCCUGUCAUCUUCGCAGCUUGAUUAUGUGAGAGAGAAACACGCGGAUGCAUUAUAUGCUGACGAAAAAUGGUUAGAUUCUGCCCGGGAAUACGGUUUAAUAAAACAGGGAGCUGCAGUUGGUUCAAUUGCAUUGAAGUUUAUGAAUUUUCCCGAUCUAAUAUAUUUACAGACAUUUUUGAUAACGAAGUUGGAAACAUUAAAAAAGGCGUCGACCGAGAUCCAGAAGUUUAUUAUAUCCUCGUGGAUAAUAUGGAAUUUUAUGAACCAAUUAAACCAAGCAGAAGAAGCUCUGAACGAAGAGAAUAAUGAUGUGAAGUUGGAUGAUUUAAAGACCUCGAAGAGUAAUUUAGAGAAGGAGUUUAGACAAUUCGUGAAGGAGAAUCUACAGUUCUUGGACAAAGAAACUGUAUAUCAAAUAAUUUCUCAACAAAACCGUAAAAGUGAGCUACUAUACUUUGCUAACUUGAUGGAGGACUAUGAGUAUGUGUUAAGUUAUUGGAUAAGAUCCGAUAACUGGUACGAGUCAUUGAAGGUACUUGUCACAUUACAAGACGCUGAGUCCAUUUACAAAUACGCAUCAGUUUUACUGAUUAAUUCACCAGCCGCAACUAUAAAUGCAUGGAUGCAGGUCCCAGACGUUGAUCCUGUUGAAUUAAUUCCCUCAAUGUUAACGUAUUUUAGUCAUUUCCAAGAGCAACAGAAACUCUCUUUAAGACCGUUACAAAAUUAUGCUCUUACUUACCUGAAAAGGUAUAUAAAAGAACGCAAACCGGAGGAUAGUCUUAUUCAUAAUACGGUCAUAUUCAUGUUGUUGGCGCCAAAAGUGGAUUCCGAAACAGAUGGAGAGCAAGAGGCUAUCAAGUUUAUAAAUGAACACCCUACUCGUUUUGAUCCCAAUUUUGUAUUGCGACUAAGUUUAAAAUUAGAGAGGUACUCCGUUGCAAUUCGUUUAUAUUCGCAAUUGAAGCUUUACGAUGACGCGGUAGACUUGGCGCUUUCGAAGGGUAUGGUCUCCUCCGCUAAAAUGAUUGUCACUACAUUGGAAACUGAGAACACUCAGAUUUUAAAGAAACUGUGGUUAAAAAUAGCUCGUGUAACAAUUCAUUCAAAUGAAGAUGUGCAUCGUUCUAUUAGAUCAAUUAUACAGGAGUCUAAUGAGGUUUUGACCAUAAAAGACCUACUGCCAUUAUUCAAUGAGUUGACUACUAUUGCUGAUCUGAAGGACGAAUUAGUCAGGAGCUUAGAAGGUCACCGCGUAUCGAUGACACAUAUAUAUCAAGAGAUUAACAAUUGCAUCAAAAUUAAGAAAGAGAUCAGACAGGAUAUCGAUUUGUUUAGCAAGAGACACAAAUUGCUAAAGCCUGGUGUUUCAUGUGACAUUUGCAGACAUAUCCUCACUACUAGGAAAUUCUUUGUAUUCCCAUGUGGCCAUAACUUCCAUACAGAUUGCAUAAUUAAGGAAAUUAUCAAAUCCAACAACUUCAACAUGAGAAGUAAAAUUGAGUCGUUCCAGAAAACACUCUUACGUACUGGCAAGCAUUCAAUGAAUGUUGCAGAAUUGGACAAACUAUUGUCGGCAAAGUGCUGCUUGUGCAGCGAUAUCAAGAUUAACACAAUUGAUGAACCUUUGCAGGAUGAGAAUGAAGAAGAAGAAGCCGCUGCAUGGGAAGUAUAA